UAUUAAGUAUAUGUAAUUUAAUUCUUUCCCAAUCGAUUUUAACUCUUCAUAUAUUCUUAUUCGAUCAACUAAUUUAAUCCAUAUAACAAUCCUGCGCCCGAUCGUCGGUUAUUAUUCACGUAUAUCUCAUUACUCUUAACUUAACAGAAGGUUCCGUUUCUUCUUUACCGUUCCGUUUGAGGUUUCUGUGUUGCCUUUCCUCGUAAUUCGUGAGCAACAUCUCGGUCCGUACGGGUAUUGUGCGAUAGAAUACCUCCUCACCCGCCCCACCCCCACCCUCUCCCCUGAGCGCCCCUCGUCCAAGUCUUCCAACCUUCACUAUUAGAUUUGUACACGUUCACCCCGUACCCAUCCCGUUAAAUCUUUCGCGUGAGGGAGGAGGGUAGUGACGUCAUAGAAACACGACGCGUCAGCGACAUGUCUGCCCAUCCCUUUGACAGGCGGCCCCGGCGGCCCCGCGGCCCGCUCUGAGCAGGGGCAGGCCGCGCACCCCAUGACACCCAACUCGCCGGGGCCACCCCUAGAGGGGCUCCCCGUGGCCCUCGCCGGGGCCUGGCGGCGGGCGCGCGCGGGGGGGUGCGGGGUCACCAGCACGCCGACGCCGCCUACGCCUCGCCACGCCGCGGGACGCGCUCCGGACUGGGACGCUCUCGUGCUGACGACGUCGUGAAACCAUGGACCUGGACGACUUCCUGGACGUCCAGGAUGGCCUGGAGGCCAACGAGUCCUCGCUCUCUCAGUCGGACGUUCUCUUCCGACUCGACCACGACUAUGUGCUCGUUGGUGGCCUCGGCGGCCUCGGCGCCAACGACUCGUCCUCGCUCGCCAACUUCGGCUACUCGCUGCUUGGCGGCGCGUCCUCGGGCGGCUCGUCUUCGGGCCUCGCCUACCUCAGCACGGGCGCCUCCUACUCGGCCGCCAACUGGAGCCUCAACGGCACUGACGGCAACCUCACGGCCAUCGAGUACUCGCUGUUCCCGAGCGGGUACUCGCUGCUGCACAUCGUGCUGGCGUCGCUCGUCGUCACCCUCCUCAUGAUCGUGGUCGUGGUCGGCAACAUGCUCGUCAUCAUCGCCAUCGCCACCGAGAAGGCGCUCAAGAACAUCCAGAACUGGUUCAUCGCGUCGCUCGCCGUGGCCGACUUCUUCCUCGGCCUCAUCAUCAUGCCCUUCUCGCUGGCCAACGAGCUCAUGGGCUACUGGGUGUUUGGCAACUGGUGGUGCGACAUCCACUCGGCCAUGGACGUGCUGCUGUGCACCGCCUCCAUCAUGAACCUGUGCCUCAUCUCGCUGGACCGCUACUGGAGCAUCACGCAGGCCGUGGACUACCUCAAGAAGCGGACGCCGUUCCGCGCCGCCGUCAUGAUCACCCUCGUCUGGAUAAUGUCCGGGCUCAUCUGCAUCCCGCCGCUGCUCGGCUGGAAGGUGACGCGGCCGCCCGAGAUGUUCCCGAAAUGCCAGGUGAGUGUUGCCGUCAUUGGUUUAUGUCUAGUGUCAAAAUUCGUAUCGAUAGACAAUUACUGUCCAAGUUUAAUGGAAAACCAAUUCAAAAAGUCAAGCUUAACUUUUUAA